CAAAAGUCAAGUUCUUUAUUUUGCUUUUUCUCAGGAAAAUUCAUGUUAUCGUUCUUUGUUUCUCUCUCUCUUUCUUGUGUAAGUAACAUGAAUACCAAUCCAUUUGUUCGUCAAGUUACUUGAAGACUAGUAGUCUGAUAAGUUCCAUGGUAAUGGCACAGUUAGUUACCCGCCUUCUCUUCCUCUUGGUUAUCUUCCAUUAUUCCAUCGCAGCCGACACUUUGAACCCUAAUCAACCUCUUCGUGAUGACCAAAUCUUAGUUUCAGCCAAAGAAAACUUUGCCUUAGGCUUCUUCAGCCCCGGCGGAUCAUCAAAGAACCGAUACGUCGGGAUAUGGUACAACAAGCUACGACCAGCAGGGCAAAAAACAAUAGUAUGGGUUGCCAACCGCCGCAGUCCAGUAUCAGGCACCAAUGGAAGCUUGGAACUGAAUGGCAAUGGAACUCUCACCAUCAACUCCAUGAUUUUCUUGCCCAUGCCCACGGUGACCCUUACUAAUCCGGUGGCACAGAUCUUAGAUGACGGCAACCUUGUUAUCAGAGAAGCCAACAGCAGCGAGUUUGCUUGGCAGAGCUUUGACUACCCGACAGACACUCAUCUUUCGGGCAUGAAGCUUGGAUGGGACUUGAGAACUGGUCUUAACCGCAAUCUGACCUCUUGGCUGAGCUACGACGAUCCAUCUCCAGGGCGCUACGUCCUAUCCAUGGACCAUGAAGGGAUUCCUCAAUUAAUUUUAUGGUCUGGUUCGGCUAAAAUGUGGCGCUCUGGGCCAUGGAAUGGCACCACUUUCAGUAACGUAGAACAACCCCGCAUCAGUGGUGUCAGCUUUGAUUUUGUUAGCAACAAAGAUGAGGUUUGCUUCACGUAUAACACAACAGAGGCAAAUCUUGUGACGCGGACGAAGGUGGACCAGUCGGGCAUGGUGAAACGGCUUACAUGGAUUAAGAGCGCUGGCAUGUGGAAGAACAUCUUGAACUACCCUGGAAAAAACAGUGCGAGGAGUACUCAAAAAUGCGGGCCUUGCAGCUGCAUGCAAGGGUUCAAGCAAAAGCUGCCACAGGAGUGGGCCUCAGGGAUGCCCUCGUCCGGUUGUGAGCGCCUCACGGAGCUUGACUGCAAGAAUAUGUCCGACGGGUUCAUGACCAUCACCCUUGCGGCGCUGCCAGAAACGUCACAUGCCAUCCUUUACCCAAACAUCAGCCUGAAUGAAUGCGGCGCAAGGUGUUUGAAUAAUUGCUUGUGCACAGCCUAUGCCACAGCCAACAUCAAUGGUGCAGGACUCGGGUGCGUUAUUUGGGUGACGGAGAUCAUAGACCUGAGGAUGUCCCUUAAUCCUACACAGGAUGUCUUUGUCCGGCUUGCCGCUGCUGAUCUAGCCUCAAUCUCAAACAAGUCUAGUAAGAAAAGUCGAUCCAAAUCAGUGGUAUUGAUCAUAGUUUUCUCAACGGUGCCAUUGAUAAUUCCAUUAAUAUACUUCUAUCCAUGGGGAAGGAAGAAGAUGAUACACAAAGACAUUAGAGGAAAUGGUGAAUUUGAACUAGCACAACUUCAAUGGAGUACUUUAAUGGCGGCUACACAGAACUUUGCUAAGAUAAAUAUUCUCGGAAAAGGUGGUUUUGGCCUUGUCUAUAAGGGGAAAAUGGCUGAGGGACAUGAAAUUGCAGUUAAGAGACUCUCAAGGAAUUCAACUCAAGGCAUUGAUGAGUUUGAAAAUGAAGUUACUUUUAUUGCAAAGCUUCAACACCGUAACCUUGUGCGACUUUUAGGAUACUGCAUUAAAGGAGAUGAAAAGAUUCUUGUCUACGAGUAUAUGCCCAAUGGAAGCUUGGAUGCAUGUCUAUUUGGCAAAGAAAAGGGAGAUCAUUUGGACUGGCAAACACGCUUCCACAUCAUUGAGGGUAUUGCUCGAGGUCUUUUAUACCUUCAUCGGACCUCGAGAUUAAGAAUUAUACAUAGGAUCUCAAAGCAAGUAACAUCCUUCUAG